GCUGAGGCACAGACGACAGCUCUUUUCCCUGUAAUACCUGAACACAAGUAUACUCAGGAGACGAUGGCAUCAAAAUUUGAAGAGGAACUAAGCUGUCCUGUGUGCUGUGACAUCUACAAGGAUCCUGUUAUACUGACGUGUGCUCACAGUGUGUGUAAGGCCUGUCUAGAGCAGUUCUGGGAGAAGAAGGGAUCCAGAGAAUGCCCCUACUGCAGGAGGAAAUGCUCAAAAGAAGGCUAUCCAAACCUGGCUUUAAGGAACUUGUGUGAGGCCUACUUACAUGAGAAGAGCCAGAGAGCUUCAGCAGGGUCUGAGGUGCUCUGCAGUCUGCACAGUGAGAAACUCAAGCUCUUCUGUCUGGAGGAUAAACAGCCCGUUUGUCUGGUGUGCAGAGAUUCAAAGAAACACAUCAAGCACACCUUCCGUCCUGUAGGUGAAGCAGCGGAGGAACGCAAGACCAAUCAGCAGCCGUUACAGACGAAACAAAAGACAUUUGAAGAAGUUAAACUGCUCUGUGACAAAACAGCAAGUCACAUUAAGACUCAGCUCCUGCAGACAGAGAGGCAGCUCAAUCAGGAGUUUGAGAAGCUUCACCAGUUUCUCCGAGAUGAAGAGGCAGCCAGGAUAGCUGCACUGAGGGAGGAAGAGGAGCAGAAGAGUCGGAUGAUGAAGGAGAAGAUUGAGAAGAUGAGCAGAGAGAUCUCUUCUCUUUCAGACACAAUCAGAGCCAUAGAGGAGGAGAUGGAGGCUGAUGAUGUCACAUUUUUACAGAACUACAAGAAUACAGUAGAAAGAGCCCAGUGCACACUGCAGGAUCCAGAGAAGCUUUCAGGAGCUCUGAUCAAUGUGGCAAAGCACCUGGGGAACCUGGUGUUCAAAGUCUGGGAAAAGAUGCAAGAGAUUGUUCAAUACACUCCUGUCACUCUGGAUCCCAACACUGCAGCUCAUAGUCUCAUCCUGUCUGAGGAUCUGACCAGUGUGAAAAAGGGUGAGAAACAGCAGCUUCCUGAUAAUCCAGAGAGAUUUGAUUACUAUGCCAAUGUGCUGGGCUCUGAGGGCUUUAACUCAGGGACACGCUGCUGGGAUGUGGAGGUUGGGGAGAAUAAUGACUGGUGUGUGGGUGCGAUGACAGAGUCUCUCCAGAGGAAGGGAGACUUCACCUCCAUGAGUGGGCAGUGGUAUGUGUGGUAUAAAGAUGAUGAAUAUGCAGCUCGUGCCCUACCACAGCAUGACACUCUCCUCACAGUGAAGCAGAGACUCCAGAGGAUCAGAGUGCAGCUGGACUGGGACAGGGGAGAGCUGAUAUUCUCUGACCAUGAUAGUAACACACACAUACACACCUUCACACACACCUUCACUGAGAGAGUAUUUCCAUUCUUCAGUACUGUACAUGCUUUGAAGAUCUUACCAAUGAAGGCUAAAAUAACAAUGUAACAUCAAAAAAUGACAGUGUGCGUGAGUGUGUGUGUGCACAUGCACUACAACUCUAGGGUGCAUCGCAACUCCACUUAUGAUGUGCUGAUGUAAGACUUGUGCUGAUAUUGCCAAACUGUAACAUUUUAUACAUAUUACAUAUCAAUCCCUGAAUCAUG